AUGGAGGAGCUCAAACAUGAGUUUCCUAAUUUUGAUCUUGAAGGCGCCGGCAUCAGUUGUGUACCAGAAAAUGAACAGGUGGAACCUGUAACACCACCAAUGAUACGCAAUGCUGAUGACGUUGUGGUCGACACAUCUUCCGCAUUAUGGACUAUUAUGGACAGGAAAACUUUGAAAAUGUUUGAGUUUGUAUACUUCAACCCAUUUCCUGCCGACAUUCUCCAAGAAAUGGCAAACAGUACAGAGGAAGACUGUGGUGUAAAGGCACUGAACAGGGCAAGAUCAGACAAAAUGCUAUAUUGGAGUAGAGGGUCAAUGUUUGCACUUGGAAGUAGGGUUCCCAUGGGAGGUGACAAAGGCACAAGUUAUGGAGUCUAUAAGGGGAUGUCAGCCGACGAUGAAUACACUAUCCGCCUGAUGUUCCGCCAUGCCAGAGAUUCCCUACCACUUCUGGAAGCAGCUAGAUCAGUGGAUUCUAACUUGGUCAGGUAUCUAAAAGAUGCAGCUACUACAUGCGACAGGCUUGGUGCAAGUGGCGCAAAUCUUUUCAAAUGCCAGGGAUAUCAGGCCCCAAUGCACAUCGAAAACGACGCAUCAAGAGGGCUUUGUGCACAGGUGUGGUGGAAAGGUGUGGAAGAGUGGAAUGAGUGGGGAUUUGUGAAUUUGCAAUUGGGAUAUUACAUCGCUACUCGAGCAAAUGCCUUAUGGUCCUUCAAUUCUUCACACAUGCACGGCACUAAUCUACCUUCACAAAAUUCCUUAAUCAGAAGCAAUCAAUGGGCGUGGGAGGCAGUGGAUGAUGAGGAGUCCGAUAUGGACUCAGAAGAAAGUGACGAUGAAGAUCAAAGUGACGACGAAGAUCAAGGUGAUGAUGAGCAACAUAUCGGAAAAGAAGGGACUUCGGCAUCAAAACAUACAAGAGAACCCUCGUCUGCUUCUGAUAAAUUGGUCAACGCUACUGGUGUUAAACGCCUUCGUGGUGGUGCACGUGCACGUAGACGCCGCGUUCGGCUGGCAGGUAGCGGGGGGUUUCAUGUGUCUACACCUGGAAGAAAUGCAACGACGGCUCAGAGUAAUGCAGUAUAUGUGAUUACACUGUCGUUAUUUUUUGGAGUACAACAAGUACCUCCGCUACUUUUUAAAGGAGUAAAUGGGGUGUUUCCAGGGGUGGAAUGGAUAGGAAAAAUUCGGGGAAAAGGGCACCUCCUCGUGUUCUCGAGCGGGUUUGCGAAGCUUCUAGAUAAAGAUCCAGAAGCAAGGCCCUGCUCCAUCGAGCAAGCUGCGCUGGAAGUUCCGGAAGAACUUUUCGACGAGACCGAAGGAUCCCGUGAAGUCCUCGACGUAGCUGCGACGGCCUUGCCAAAAGCUGAGCUUGAGUUUCCUGAACGGAUACGUUUCCUGACAAUGGGACGGUUUCCCGGUGGAAUAGUGCGAAAGGAGGCGGAUGUCUUCUCUCUCUUCACAGGUUGAGCGUUUAGUAAAGGGAACCGUGUCUCUUGUAAGACUGUCUUAUUGGAGACACCGGGAUAUCAGAACGUGAUU